AAAUAAUAUAAUUAAUCAAUGGAUUCUUCGAAAUUAUUAUAAUUCAGUGAUAGUACGUAAAAAUAAUUUGGAAGCUCGUUGACGAGAUGAUUCUGACUGCGAGUCCCGCUGCAGGUUAAUCGGGCAUAAGUAAUACGUCUUCAUUUAUUCCGAUUUCACUUUAAUACAAAUCAAUCUAAUAUAUAACAUAAUAAAAAAGCAUUGCAAAAUGAAUAUUCUGCCAGGAACGGCGUCUCUUCUCGGAGAACUCGACAAAAAGCUUAUGGUUUUACUAAGAGAUGGAAGAACUUUAAUUGGAUAUCUUAGAAGCGUUGAUCAGUUUGCUAAUAUUGUGCUUCAUCGUACAAUCGAGAGAAUUCACGUUGGUAAAGAAUAUGGAGACAUCCCAAGAGGCAUUUUUAUCGUCAGAGGAGAGAACGUUGUACUUUUGGGAGAGAUAGACAGAGACAAGGAGAAGGAUUUACCAUUGACCGAGGUAUCUGUCGAUGAUAUUUUGGAUGCACAGAGAAGAGAGCAGGAAUUGAAACAAGAUCGCAAACGACUGAUCAAUAAAGCCUUAAAGGAACGAGGCUUUUCCUUUAUCCCGGAUAUGGGUCAUGACGAUACGUUCUGACACGUGUCUCUGUCCCACGUUGCGAAUAUUCUAUCAUAUAUCCUCAUAAUUUCGAAGCAUAAGUCUUUUUCUAACAGUAACAGUAUGAGCAUAUUGUCCUAUCGUAAAUAAAUAUGUAGAUUAAUAUAUUAUGGCAUCGCGAAAUUUGGGUCGGAGAUUGUCCAAGUCUGAAAGAUGAUUACUCAGUAACAAAUUAUCAUAAGACUAUUAUUUUUCUUUUAAAUUAAAGUUGAAAACGAUUACAUAGUAGAACAAUGGAAAUUCUAAAAAUAAUUACUGUUAAUAUCGUCAACGUGAUUUUGUAUAGAUUUCAUAUUUCUAUAUCGAUUCUGUACGCGUGAUAGAAUGUAAAUGAUAAUAAUUGUAUUAUACAUGAUACACGAUCUUUCUACCGUUAUUAUUUUACUGUAUUUUGUUGAUUCUAUUGCAUAAACGAAUAAAAACAUGAAUUUGCAAACGCAA